GCGUGAGCAUGUCUGGUCGCGGCAAGGGCGGGAAGGGCCUGGGCAAGGGCGGCGCCAAGCGCCACCGCAAGGUGCUGCGCGACAACAUCCAGGGCAUCACCAAGCCCGCCAUCCGCCGCCUGGCGCGGCGCGGCGGCGUCAAGCGCAUCUCGGGGCUCAUCUACGAGGAGACGCGCGGGGUGCUCAAGGUCUUCCUGGAGAACGUGAUCCGCGACGCCGUCACCUACACGGAGCACGCCAAGCGCAAGACCGUCACGGCCAUGGACGUGGUGUACGCGCUCAAGCGCCAGGGCCGCACGCUCUACGGCUUCGGCGGCUAGGCCGUCCUAGGACGUUUUUGCCUCCUAAGAACAAAAGGCCCUUUUCAGGGCCCCC